CGUCGGCGAAAAUUUGUCUUUUAUCGUGAACAAGUUUCGUUAGAGAACAGAAAAAUAUGAACUGACAACUAAUUGCGAUCCUGUAUACAAUACCGUUGGUCGUAAUCCAAAAGUAACAGUACAUGAACUGCAAUUUUGUGUAUCAGCGUUGUGCUUAUUUAUCACAAUGUCUGUACGUCGAAAAACUGAUCCAUUUAUGACACAACGAAUAUGGGAUGCAAUAAAAAUAACUGUACAUCAAAGAAGUUUACCUAGUAAUGAUCGUAUGGUACGACACCUUGCUCGGGUGUAUGGAAUUACAGAACAAGAAGCACAGGAAGAAUUAAAUAAAGCAGUUGACGAUGGACUUGUUUAUUUAAAGAAAGUUCCAACAAAGAAUGGUAUAGAGCAAGAAAGUUACAGAUUACCAACAGAUACGGUAUCUACUGAUGGUCAUGAUUGGUACUGUUGCAAGUGUCAUAAGGCUGGAAUUGUGGAAUGUUGUCAACAAUGUUACAGGGUUUAUCAUUCUGAAUGUCACGUGCCUAGUACUGUUAAAUUAAAAAUAUGUAAUUUUUGUGAAAGUAUAAAUAAUGACACAUAUCCUGAUAAACUUGACCUGAAUCACAUUCUGAGUUUUACCUGUGGGCAUCUGAAAGCAAAACUGCCACCAGAAAUUACAAAUCGUACAAUUGUAUUCAACAAUGAUCCAAUUACACCAGCUAAUAGAUACUCUGGUCCAACUUGGAUCAGUGAAGGUGAAGAUGCAUGGCGUCCAAGUGUUCUCAUAAAACAUCACAUGGACUUGGCAAUAAUGGAUUCGAAAAUUAAAAAACGAGAAUAUAACACUCUCGCGGAAUUCGAAGCUGAUGCACAUAAUAUAUUGCAUAACAUUAUCGUGUAUCAUGGAGCUCACAGUGUAAUCGGAGAAAUGGGUAACACAAUGUACCAAGAUUGCUGCUAUGAUCUUCAAGAAAUCCGUCGUUGCGCCGAUUGUUAUAGAAUAUCAAAUGAAAAAUCAGAAAAAAUGUGGUUUUGUAUACCGUGCAAUCCACCGCAUCAACUAGUUUAUGCAAAACAAAAAGGAUACCCGUACUGGCCAGCUAAAGUCAUGCAAUUCAAUGGGAACAUUUAUGAUGUCAGGUUUUUUGGCGGUCAUCACAUGCGCGCCAACAUCGAGAAGGUGUUCAUUCGUCCGAUUACUGCGAGCCUUCAAAGUUUACAGCCUUCGGAAAAAGGAAAGUGGAAAGAAAUGAAGAUAAAAAGAUCCACUGCUUGGAACAGAGCAUUCGAAGAACUGAAGCAUCAUCAGAACUUGCUGCAAAAGUUGGGCAAGAGCAUCGAGGAUUUGGACAUCGCCGACGAUAAUGAGGGUCCGAAACCAACAAAGAUCCGCAAUGUAUCAUCAGGUUCAAAACUUACGGCGAACAGUUCUAAUCCUGCGAAACAACUUUUUAAGGAUUUAAGAGUUAAAGUGGAACGCCUCAGUUCAGACGGUCAUAGCGAAUUACCGCCGAAUCAAGAGGUAAAAGAGACCGAAGACAACAAGUCGUCGAUAAGUAAAGCCGAAAGUGAAGAAAGACAAGUGCCCUGUUUACCAGUAGCAGAGGACGAACCGGCAAGAGGAAUAUCUAGUACCUGUCCCCAGGGUUUGAAGAAAGAAGGUUCACAAGAAGAUAUGGUUACGUCUAGUUCUCAAGAACCAAGAUCUAAAUGUGUCCUUGUACAAACAGAACAGAUGCAAACAGAAACAUUACCUGCAAAGAUAAAAAGAGAACGCAGAACUUCCGAACAACCGACCACGACAGCAUUAGAAAAAUUGCGUCGCGAAUUAGAAUUAGAAAAAUGUAAAGAGUUAGAGAAAUUACAAGCCGAACAUGCUAAAGAAUUACGACAACUAACGGAUAGACAUCAACAGAUUAUAUCCGAGAUUAAAAAGAAGCAAUGGUGUUACAAUUGUGAAGCUGAAGCUAUAUAUCACUGUUGUUGGAAUACUGCAUAUUGCAGUACCGAUUGCCAGCAAGUUCAUUGGCAGCGUGAACAUAAAAGAGUUUGUCGACGUAAGCGUUAAUUGAUAAUUGAUGCAAUAUAUAUUCUAAUCAAGUAAUAAGCCCGUGGAAAAAGUUGAACCAUCUACUGUGUUUGUAAAAAGAAGAAGAUACAUUGUAGAAGCACUUUAAUAUAUUCUUGACACCAAUUUGACAAGCUUUUGUAAACUCUUAUGUGGAAGCAUUUGUAAUAUGUAUACAAACAAAUGUUUAAAAGCUAUUUUUUUCCUUUUUGUUUUAAAUCUUUAACAUUAUUACGGAACAAGUGUAAUAUUUAAUAGUUAAAUGAAGUGGAAGAUAAAACACAGUAACGAUUAUGUAUAAUGCAAAAUAUUGAAAUAGUUUUCUUUAAUUCGAAAAAAUUUCCACAAGUAAAAGAACUUUAUUUUGAACGAAUUAACAAAGGAUGUUGCUUUUGUAAUAUACUUUUUCAAAAUGUAUUUAUAUAACAUGUGUAUGUAUACAUACUGACAACAAUAAUAUGAUGUGAAAUAUAAUACAUGUAAAUUUAUUUACUUGUGUCUUUGUUUCGUGAAUCAUCCAUAUAGUUUGUAAGUAUAAUAUUGAAAUAAAUCAAAUACAUAUUUUACUAAAACAUAUCUAAUACAUAUUACAUGUACUGUAAUAAAACCUGGUAAAAUAUAUUUGCUUAUCAUAGAUUAUUCUACUUAUGACGGGUA